UGCCACCGGUGACUUGCUGAUUCCCUGCGUUCUGCGGGAGUGUACCAAAGCGCCCCGAGCAACUUAGUAUUCUGACGCAAGUGUCUGUGUAUAUGUGUAUUUAUUAACACUAUUAACAGUUUUUUUUCGGGAAGCAAAGGUUGCUCAAUAAUUAGCCGCCAUGAGUAUUAUGUCAUACAAUGGAGGCGCGGUAAUAGCGAUGACAGGUAAAGAUUGUGUAGGAAUCGCAGCCGACCGUCGACUCGGUGCCCAAGGCCACACAAUUUCAAUCAACUUCGAACGAAUCUUCGAAAUGGGUCCCAAACUGUACAUUGGGCUCCCAGGCCUCGCAACAGACACGCAGACCGUUUCUCAAAGGCUUAAGUUUCGAAUGAAUCUCUUUGAACUACAAGAGAAUCGCAGGAUGAGGCCGGAAACAUUUGCGAAUAUGACCAGUGGACUUCUAUACGAACAUCGAUUCGGGCCUUAUUUUGUUGAGCCUGUUGUUGCCGGUUUGGACGAGAAAACAAACAAACCAUAUGUCUGUUGCAUGGAUCUUCUUGGUUGUAUCACAGAAACGGAGGACUUCGCACUAGCAGGGUGUUGUGAGGAACAGGCGUUUGGCAUGUGCGAAACGCUAUGGCGGCCAAACAUGGGCCCUGACGAGCUUUUCGAAAGUCUAUCUCAAUCACUUCUAAAUGCUAUGGAUCGAGAUGCCAAUACAGGUUGGGGUGCUGUUGUGUAUAUAAUCGAAAAGGACAAAGUUACCAAGAGGUACCUUAAAACUCGGAUGGAUUAAGAACAUCAUGGUGUUGACGACCAUUACAACAACAGCGUCUACAGCACGAGAGUACAGCGUCAUUAUAAUCUUUACGUAUGUUCGGCAGCUUAGCCAACAACUGUUGCUGGAUCAUAUCUCUAAAGCUAUAUUACAUCAAUUUGUAUGACCGCUAGUCUGUCCGCUACAAACAGACAGAAGACCAACUAUGUCUUGUAGUGUUUCGCUAUUUUCUGAGAUAUUACGUUGUUGUACUGUGUGUCCAUGUAGAUGAAUACUAAUUGGCUACAACUAGGGAAUUUUUAUACAAUGAUCACAAAAGGCAUGGGAAGAUCAAUAAACACGUCGUAUUUAACUAAUUAC